AUGGAGGCGAUUAAAACAUUCGUACCGCUCGUAGUCGGCUCUUAUGGACUGACUCUCAGUUCGUACCUGUUUUACCAAAACAAAAAAAAAGAAAGCUGGAAACAAACCGAUGGCUAUAUCGAUAACGUCACCCUAAAAUAUUCGAAGAACAUCUUCCAAGGGACAUUCCACCUUAACGUAAAAUAUUUUUUUUAUAUAAAUAAAAAAAAAAUUGAAGACCAUAAGGAGUACAAGAUUUGCGUUCAUCUCGUCGGCAGCCAGCAGGGGGAACAAGUGCAGACAAAUGAAUACACACGAAAUAUUUUCGACCAAGUUAGUAAAGAGAGAAAUAUAAAAAUAUGUUACGACCCCAAGGAUGCAGAGCAGUCCGAGCCGCUGAUCUACAUUUUCGAAAAUGACAUCAUCGCACGGGAGAGGUUGGCCAAUAGGGUGAAGAAUAAGCUUGUUCGCAUAAAGACGGGUGCCGCGAAGUUACUUCGCUUGGGGGAAGCAGUCGAGAGAAAAGACAACAGCGCGGAAGGCUUGGGUGAUUCUUCCGCCCCUUCCCCCACUAGCGAAACGGCUAAGAUGGAGGGAAGCAAAACUUCCGCCACGGUAGCGUCCCCCUCCGAUGCAGCGACGGACGAUGAGGGGAAGUCAAAUGGACGCUCAAAACCCUCCCAGUUCGCCAAAAAAAGGAUAAACGCCUAUGACAUAAAUAAUUUAUUCCCAGGGUAUAUGUUCUCCUGUAGCCUCUUCCUAUUUUUGUCUUUUUUUUUGAAGAGGAGAAUUCGAUUUGUUAGAAGGACAAUAUUGGCACAAAAAAAAAGUGGAUAA